AUGACUCCAUCAGUGUGGGGACUGCUCUGUCUCACUGGCAUCCUGGCAUCGGGAACUCUGGGAAAUCUCCCACAGUCUGGGUCACGCAACCGGAAGAUUCACUCAAUUAGUCCUUUAAUCCCACGAGUGUCCCCGCAAAUCCCUUCGAGUGUCCAUCAGCGCUCUGAAGACAUCAAAUCUAUCGAACAAACCUCUGAUGAACCACCAAGUGCUGAAACUUUCCAAGAGGUGCAGCUGGGUGGCUCCGCACCCCGAGGCUUCCAGCAGCAGGGUGCCCGGACAGGUGCCAACAACUACCUGACGCAGGAGACACGGACAACCGCCAGUGGAGCUGGUGGCACUAAUUCCAGGUUUUAUCGCUAUCAGCCCUCCCAUCAGCAGCCGCCAAAGACAAGCCAGCCGCUCUCACAGCUGCAACACAAAGCCACACCAUUUGUAUCUCGUCAGCCUGCUCUCUCUACUCUACUCUCUAGUGGCUCUUCCGCAUCUAUGAGAACUGCCGCAGCAACAAGGUCCAACUGCAGAAAUCGUCCUAUAGACUUGGUCUUCAUCAUAGACAGCUCCCGCAGUGUACGCCCUGCUGAGUUUGAGAAGGCCAAGGAGUUCCUGCAAGACAUGGUGGACAGCUUGGAGAUCGGCUCAGACACGACACGGGUCGGCCUCGUCAAUUAUGCCAGCACAGUGCAGAUCGAGUUUAUGCUGAAGACGUAUGUUGAGAAGUCUGCCCUGAAGCAGGCGCUGGCUCGCGUCGAGCCCCUCGCUUCAGGCACCAUGACAGGCAUGGCCAUCAAGACUGCCAUGGAGAAAGCUUUCACGGGGGAUGCAGGGGCCCGAUCUACCUCCAUGAACAUUGCCAAAGUAGCCAUCAUAGUGACAGACGGCAGGCCCCAGGAUAAGGUAGAGGAGGUAUCAGCAGCCGCUCGGGCAUCUGGCAUCGAGAUCUACGCAGUGGGAGUAGACCGAGCUGAUAUGAUGUCCCUCCGCCUCAUGGCCAGCCCCCCAUAUGAUGACCAUGUCUUCUAUGUGGAAACCUAUGGUGUCAUAGAGAAGCUCACUUCCAAAUUUAGAGAAACCUUGUGUGGUUUGGAUGCAUGUUCUCAGGGACACAAUUGCCAGCACAUUUGUGUCGACAAUGGCAUCUCAUACAGCUGCAAGUGUCGAACGGGCUAUGUCUUGAACCCGGACAAGAAAACAUGCUCGCGUUCAGAUACAUGUGCUCAGGGACAUGACUGCCAACAUAUUUGUGUCAGCAAUGAUGACUCAUACAUCUGCAAAUGUCAAGUGGGAUAUGUGUUGAAUUCAGACCAUAAAACAUGCUCACGUUCAGGUUCUGAUGCAUGUGCCCAGGGAAAUGACUGCCAGCACAUUUGUGUCAAUAAUGGGAACUCUUACAUCUGCAACUGUCGAGUGGGAUACGUGUUAAACAUGGAUCACAAAACAUGCUCACGUUCAGAUGCUUGUGCUCAGGGACAUGACUGCCAGCACAUUUGUAUCAACAAUGGUGACUCAUAUACCUGCAAGUGUCGAGAGGGAUAUGUGUUGAAUGCAGACCAGAAAACAUGCUCACAGGAAAUGAGAAGUGAAAUAACUCAAGAUGCCUGCAUGUGUGAAGCUCAGAUUGUGUUCCAGAAGAAAGUGCAGUCAACCAUUCAGGAGCUGAGCAGAAAACUUGAUGAACUUUCGGACAAAGUGAACCUGAUUGAGGGCCAACAGCAGUAGCGAUGGAGAUGUCGGAAAACUUCUUCAGGGCUCUAAGUGUAUCAAAUUUUUGUGACCAGACAAAGUCAUCUGUAACCCUCAAGAUCUCCCUAAAAAUGUCUGAUUUGGUAGAACUCUGCAUGGUACUGAUUUCUCAUGCAGUAGACUGUUGCAAUUACUGUUUUGUAUUAUAAACCUGCAUUCUGUAUUCACAACACUGUCUAUUAUUACUUCUUACAUUAAAAUCAGGUGUAACUGGUGUAAAUGUUUACAUAUACCUGUAUUUUGUAGUAUUACUAGAUUGCCUCCACUGAGUUAAGAUUCAAACUAUGUAAGAUAAUUUACAGAAAAGAUAUGGUACAAACUUCUAAAAAAUAUAUGUAUGAGAAAUUGUAAAAUUAAUGUUUUUCUUGUGGAGUGUUGUACCACAUCCUUGUUGUGUAUUUAGUGAGCCGAGAGCAUUUCUUGGUCAGUGUUCUUGUGUUCUAGGUAGAACACAAAGCCUCCAUCCAUAACCAUAACACAACAACUAAUCUCUUAUACAACAAGAGCACUGUUGUUACCCUUCUGAUUGCAUCACUAUUACACAGAAAAAAGACCAAAAAAAGCCUGGUUCAGUUGGCCCAUGGCAGUGUUAUAUCACGGUGAAUUACUAUAAUCCUUUUAUUUGAUACCUAAAAUAUUUCAACUACUUUAUAGCACAACAUUGAUUGGUAAUAAUUGUUUUGUUUGUAACAGACAGGUGCAGUUUCUUUGGGCUUAGAGGGAAAACUGUUUAGGGAGUUCAUGGUUGUUUGGGCCAAUUCACUUCUUUGCACACUUGGCUUGUCUUGGACCAAAGUCCGGGCCAUUAAAGACAAUUUUUCAAUGCACUAAGUUUUGAAAUCAUUGCAUUUUGAGUUAAAAUCCACUUUACUUUGUAAACAGUUAAAACCGUAUUUCACUGUACAGUAUUUGCUUUUUUAGUAACUUUUAUUUUUAUAGCAUUUUCAAUUCAACUGACAGUAGUGUAAAACAGAAACAUAAGAAUAUUGUCAGCUAAUAUCAAAGACAGAUACACAAGUAUACAGGGGUUUAAACAUCACUGCCUUAUUUUAAAUUUACAGUAUUUUCUUCAUACAAUACACACAUGUUCUGUGUUUUCUAUUUUGUCAUUGCCAUGAAACACCUGAAACAGGUGAAAUGAAUAUUUGUGGUGUAAACUGACUAUGCAUAACAUA